CUCACUGACUGUACUGUAUCGAUGAAGUUGUUUCAAAGAUGGCGGACUUCCUGCCGUCCCACUCGCUUCUAUCUGUGUGUUUUCCUAGCUGUCUCCUCACAAGCGGCGAGGCAGAACAGCAGCGAAAGUCGAAGGAGAUAGAUAAGUGUAUUAAACGAGAUAAGACGUAUGUUAAACGGCUGGUAAAGAUCUUGCUACUCGGAGCAGGCGAAAGCGGCAAGUCUACUUUCCUCAAACAGAUGCGUAUUAUACACGGACAGGACUUCGAUAAGACGGCAAGAGAAGAGUUCCGACCUACGAUCUAUAGUAACGUGAUUAAAGGUAUGCGAGUGUUGGUGGAUGCUAGAGAAAAGCUGCACAUCCCAUGGGGCAACCCAUCCAACCAGCAGCAUGGGGAUCGCAUGAUGGCAUUUGAUACCCGAUCAGCCAUGACCCAGGGACAUGGCAUGGUGGAGCCCAAAGUGUUUCUUGGCUAUGUUCAGUCCAUCCGUGAGCUGUGGGCUGACCAGGGCAUCCAGCAAGCCUACGAUCGCCGCAGGGAGUUCCAGCUGGGGGAGUCGGUCAAGUAUUUCCUGGACAAUUUGGAAAGGCUUGAAAUGUUUGAUUAUCUUCCAACACAGCAGGACAUCCUUCUGGCCAGGAAACCCACCAAGGGCAUCCACGAGUACAACUUUAAGAUUAAGAAAGUUCCCUUCAAGAUGGUGGAUGUCGGUGGCCAACGCUCUGAGAGGCGACACUGGUUCGAAUGCUUUGAUUCAAUCACUUCAAUCCUGUUUCUCGUCUCUUCCUCUGAAUACGACCAGGUGCUGAUGGAGGACCGGCAGACCAACAGGCUAAGGGAGUCCCUCAACAUCUUUGAGACCAUUGCCAACAAUCGGGCGUUCAAAACGGUCUCCAUCAUUCUGUUCCUUAACAAGACAGACCUGCUGCAGGAGAAGGUGCAGCAGGUUUCCAUCAAGGACUACUUCCCAGAGUUUAUGGGUGACCCCAGCAGCCUGAGGGACGUCCAAGACUUCCUUGUGGAUUGUUUCCGCAAAAAGCGCCGCGACCAAGAGCCGAAGCCACUGUACCACCACGACCAUCAGCAGAAGCCACUGUACCACCACUUCACCACGGCUAUCAACACGGAGAACAUCCGCCUGGUGUUCCGGGACGUCAAGGACACCAUCCUGCACGACAACCUGAAGCAGUUGAUGCUGGAGUGAAGGACUAGGCCGGACCGGACUGGGAGGAGGGAUUUGUUAAGCAGACAGAACGGGCAUCACAGUGCCUUCAGCCCUCAGACACCAGCCCGCAGUGCCCCUCCUUCCUCCCCUCCGAAGACCUUUAGCUCACCUUAGACCAGAGACUGAGACCCCCACCCCUGUGACCCCUCCUCACUGUGACGCUAAGAGCUGCAGACUUCUUCUAGACCCCAUCCUGUUGUUACUCUGACUCCCUCAUAGACAUUCAGCCUUAGACCUGCUCUGGGCCGGGGGGGCAAAACUGACUAAAUCAUCUAAGUGUCCUGUAAGUCUGAAAAUGCUAAUUUCAUGUGUUGCCUUCCUGUGUAGAACAUGGCUCUGUUGUGGAGGGCUCUUGACCCACCUCGUCUUCUAACUGUAGUUCUGACGGAUCGUAGCGAUGCUUCAGAAGCUGAAGACGUGGCUGCUGGUGGACUCUGUUACAGGUAUAAAGGUGGUUCUGGUUCAACCCACUGGAUUAGAACCAGAGUGCUGCCUGCUCUCAGGGCUCUGUAUUAACCACUCCUCUCAUCUGAAGCCAAGCACAACUUCAGACCAGACCUGAUGCGUUCAAGGCGUCAUUUGGUCAGAAGGGCUUCAGAAGGACCCGCCAGGAUCUGGCUCCUGUGUGGAGACCCAACAGUGCUGCCUGUGUGGUGAAGUCUCCCCACAGAGCUUCACCACUGACCGUUUUAUUCGGCCCUGUUUUUAACAGCAUCUUCUGGGGUUACAUACCUUCACUUUCAUGUAUGAGUAGAAAUCAAGAACAGCAACUUUCUCUGGUAAGAUGUUGAGACUAAACCAUUAAAGAAUGAUGGUUUCAUGUUAAUAAACUGUCCAGGAUUUAGGGUCCACACCUCUGAAUCAGAAACAUUCCUGAGAAGAACGUCAGGGAGGCUGAAGAACACAUGACCUGCCUGUGUGGUCUUCUGAUGAUGCAGAGUCUGAUCAUGUCUCUGCUCGCCUUUAAUUACAGUUCUUGUUCAGAAGUACACGUGAGAAAGCUGCUGAGGUCAGCCUGAGACUGGGUCUAUCGUUAGAAUCAGUGCUGGCGUUUGAAUCUCCUGUUUGUGGGUAAUCCUCAGUUCUAGAACGUGAAAUCUGGAACCCGUUCCUCAGAGGUCCAUUCUUGUAACCGUAGAUGUCCAGGCUUCAGAAGAUUCAUUCCCAGACUAUCCAGAGUGUUGUUCUGUAGAGGUGAGGUGUUUCUGUUGUCAUGGAUGGUUUUAAUUUUCUGAAGAGUCCCAGUCCCUCUCCUCAUCCCUGAAGCUUCCCAGGGACCUCAGAUUGCUUCCACUGGUCCAUUUCCACAAGUCCGCGCAGCUCUGGCCCCACUCUGGGAUCAGAAGUUCCAAGAAGUCUUAGAUGUUCUGAUCACAGCUGUGGUUGUCGGCAGCAAAUCAGAUGAACAUGGCUUGUUUAUCUCCAAACAUUAUCAGUCAACUGUCCAGGUGUUACACACACAAGUGUCACACACGCGGCUGUUACACACGAGUAUUAUAUACGAGUGUUACACACGAGUAUUAUAUAAGUGUGAAAUGUGUUACACACGAGUAUUAUAUAAGUGUGUUACACACGAGUAUUAUAUAAGUGUGUUACACACGAGUAUUAUAUAAGUGUGUUACACACGAGUAUUAUAUAAGUGUGUUACACACGAGUAUUAUAUAAGUGUGUUACACACGAGUAUUAUAUAAGUGUGUUACACACGAGUAUUAUAUAAGUGUGUUACACACGAGUAUCAUAUACGAGUGUUACACACGAGUAUCAUAUAAGUGUGUUACACACGAGUAUCAUAUAAGUGUGUUACACACGAGUAUCAUAUAAGUGUGUUACACACGAGUAUUAUAUAAGUGUGUUACACACGAGUAUUAUAUAAGUGUGUUACACACGAGUAUUAUAUACGAGUGUUACACACGAGUAUUACAGGGUUUCCUCCAGCGCCUUGUAAGCCUGGUGGCCCGCCAGGCUAAGCGUCAUGCCCCGCCCCCCUCCCCAACCCUACCUUGCCCGCUGACACAUGGCGCAAUGAAACUAGAGCCCUCCCAUCAGCUGAUACUGGAGAGAAACCGCAGUGGAACGUGUACAACCAACCCAACCCCCGCUCUCACAGAGGAGCGCUGCGGGACAGAGCGCGCGACACCCCCCGAAGCCGCCAGGCUUUAAUCAUUUUCUGGGGGAAACCCUGAGUAUUAUAUAUGAGUGUUACACACGAGUAUUAAGUAAGUGAACUGAUGGUGGAAGCCUGUUGGAUGACCCCUCCCCCCCCACUUUUAAAAGGACUUAUUUAUUACCCAUUGACAUAGAAACUGUAAAUGUAGAGGGAUGAGCUACAGAACUGUGCGUGUGUGUGUGUGUGUGGGGGGGGGGGGGGGGGGGGCAGUUGUGGACCAACCUGUUGAACGAGUCUCUAGGGGACAAACCUGUCCCCAGGUCUAACCCCGAUGACGGGCUGUCAGAACCAGACUGACUGAAGCAAAUCCAUCCAACACUCUGACCCGUUUACACAUCUGGGUUUUUGGUCUACAGUAAAACACAUUUAGAUUUUUUCACACUCAUCUUGAGACAAGGCUGCAGUAGAAGAUUAAUUUAUUUGUAAUUUGGCCUUGUUGCCUUUAAAGAACCAAGAUCAGCUGUCCUUUUGCUGACCACCUGAGACUUCUCUCUCUUGUGGACAGUUCAUGAGGAAGAGCAGAUCAUCCCCAGAACAAGUGAGUUCACGCUAAAGCCAUCUGAAUGAAAGCCUUACAGCCGGGUUCUGCUCCAGGCAUCCUUCUGCAGCUGCCUUCUACCCACUUUCAGUUCCUGGACUGGCUCAUGCCACUACCCUUGGUGGGGGGAUCAUCGCCAUGUGCAUGUAUGAAUCAUAGGUGGUUUUUUUCUGUUGAAUGGUUUUGUUCGUCCAGUGUUUCAUCAUGUUAGAACAUAACCUCACUCACGGAGAGCUUCCUACUGUCUAAGAUCACAAAUUAAUCAGCCAAAUAUACUGAAGUCUAGUGCCUCCUGUUUUUCUGUACGUUUGUGUAAAAAGUUGUCACAUUUGUGUUUAUGCCAUUUGAAAAUCUGAUGUUUUUCUCAUGCUCACAAAGUACUUCACUUCUCACUUUGGUAUUUUCAGAUUAAACCUCCACUCAAUAAAUCAGCUGAUUCAUAACAA